GGUCUGUGAAAUUUCAACUUGUUCAGAUUUGCCAUGGAUCGAAAAAAGGAACAGUCGGCAUCCAGUCGGUUUUUCAGUGUUUGAUGUGUUUUCAAAUUACAGUUUGAGAUACCUACCUAUAUGGACCUGUAAAGGCGAAGGCGCUGAUAACCCGCGCUCGAAGCACGGAUCGCAUCGUUGGAGAGUUGCAGGAUUUCAUGCAGGUUGCUCUAAAGUGACGCGCGUAGCUCAUUCCAGGAUUUGGUGGGCGACAGUCGUACUUGUACACUGUUGAACGGAAUUUUGUGUAGGUUACUGCAUGGAGGGAUGUCGGCAUGGCUUGCACCAGGAGAACUAAAACUUUGGUGUCUACAUGCGUGAUCUUGAGUGGCAUGACCAACAUCGUGUGUCUGCUGUAUGUUGGGUGGGUCACUAAUUAUAUCGCGAAUGUAUACAUCAAAGUCCCUAUGCCUGUCCCAGAGAAAAAGUUAGAAAGUGACAAGAAAGGAGAAACUCUACGGAUCAUAGAGAGACUUGAUCGACUCGAGAAUGUUGUCAACCAGCACAUACAAGAGGCCCCGGUGAAGGGCGAGGACGGCCAGGCAGACAGAUCUUUCGGGGACUCUUCCCUGUUCGCCCACUGGGGUCAGGAUCUGAGUCCGGACAGCCGGAGGGUGGCGCUGAAGAUGUUCCAGUACUUCGGCUACAACGGCUACCUCAGCGACCGCCUCUCUCUGGACCGGCCAAUCCCAGACCUCAGACCCGAUGGGUGUCGGAACAUCUCCUACCCUUCCAACCUUCCCCAAGUGAGCAUCGUGUUUAUAUUUGUGAACGAGGCCUUGUCCGUCAUCCUGCGCUCCAUCCACUCGGCCAUGAACAGGACGCCAUCCCACCUCCUCAAGGAGAUUAUCCUGGUGGAUGACAACAGCAACAGUGAUGAGCUCAAGGAGAAGCUGCGUGACUUUGUGGACGAGACCAACAGCCAGCACCCGGGCUUCAUCAAGAUGGUGCGCCACUCCAAACAGGAGGGCCUCAUCCGCUCCAGGGUGAGUGGGUGGAGGGCAGCCACUGCUCCCGUCGUAGCCCUCUUCGACGCCCACGUGGAGUUCAACAUCGGCUGGGCUGAGCCUGUCCUCCUGAGAAUUAAGGAGGACCGAACGCGGAUCAUCUCUCCGUCGUUCGAUAACAUCAAGUACGACACUUUUGAGAUUGAGGAGUAUCCGCUGUCUGCCCAGGGCUUCGACUGGGAGCUGUGGUGUCGCUACCUCAACCCCCCCAAGUCCUGGUGGCACCAGGCCAACAACAGCGCCCCCAUCAAGACUCCUGCUCUGAUUGGCUGCUUCGUGGUGGACCGCCUGUACUUCGAGGAGAUUGGUCUACUGGAUGAGGGGAUGGAGGUGUACGGGGGAGAGAACGUGGAGCUUGGUGUCAGGGUGUGGCAGUGUGGGGGCAGUGUGGAGGUUCUGCCCUGUGCCCGCAUAGCCCAUAUAGAGCGUGCCCACAAGCCCUACACCGAGGAUCUGACAUCUCACGUCAGACGCAACGCCCUGAGGGUGGCAGAAGUGUGGAUGGACGAGUUCAAGAGCCACGUCUACAUGGCCUGGAACAUUCCUCAGGAGGACUCAGGGAUAGACAUCGGGGACAUCUCAGAGAGGAAGGCGCUGAGGAAGAGGCUGCAGUGUAAGACGUUCCGUUGGUAUCUGGUCAACAUCUACCCUGAGAUGAGGAUGUACACGGACACCGUGGCAUACGGAGUGCUGAAGAACUCGUUGAAGAAUGACCUGUGUCUGGACCAGGGCCCUGACACUGACAACGUCCCCAUCCUGUACCUCUGUCAUGGGAUGACACCUCAGAAUGUGUACUACACCAGCACCCAGCAGCUCCACGUCGGAGUCCUCAGCCCCACCAUCGACGACGAUGACAACAAGUGCCUGGUGGAUGUCAACAGCAGACCCCGCCUCAUUGAGUGCAGCUACGCGGCCGCCAAGCGCAUGAAGCUCCACUGGCUUUUCACUCAGGGAGGCUCCAUUCAGAACAGGAAAUCGAAGCGAUGCCUUGAGCUUGUGGCGAGCAAUGACAAUGAGUUUGGCUACCAGCUAGCCCUCCAAAAAUGCACUGGACAGAAAUGGUCCAUCACCAAUGUACUGCCUGGCAGUUCCUUCUGAUGGACCUUCAGAGAGAACACUGGCCCUUUCCACGGUAGUACACUGGACUAACAGACAGCCAGAUAGAGAGAGCGAGAGAGAGAGCGAGGGGUUGAUGGUGCAUGGUUAAUGACAGUCAAUGCUGCACCACGAUGUCUUUUGUUCACCAGUUGACAUCACAUGAUAAAUGUUAAACAUUUUCUUUCGCCUACGGGAUCAGCCAUAGUUGGUUGGUUUAUAAUGUGCAUUAUGAGAUACUACAAUGUAAUGGAGUAUAUUUUGUGAACUGUAGGGUCAAUAGGCUAUAUUGUUUUUGUUUUUUCGUUGACUUGAUGGUAUUACUGGGUCCAACAUGUUCGUUUUUGUACUCUGUACAUGAUUGCUACUGUGUAGCGAUAAUUAAGAGCUGUUCCCUGCUGUAAUGGUUUUAUUCUAGUGUCUCAGGUUUGUAGGUUAAGUUUAUUAUGAGAAUCGGAUGCACAGUUUUGGGUGAAAAUGCCAACGUGUUGGAAUAUCUGAAAAUAAUGACCUAUUUUCUAAAUGUAAAUAUUCCAAAUAUUUAUAAUAUAUGAAAGUAAAAGAACUGAUGAUAAAAUAAAUGUGUGGAAGU